GCUCACCAUCCGGGCCUCCUCUCCUCUCCUCUCCUCUCGCGGUCGCCUCGCGGUGCAACCCGCGAAAAUAGCAGCCGCCCGUUCCUUCCCUCCCUCCCCCCCCCUCUCUCUCUCUCUCUCUCUCUCUCCGCCUGCCCUGCCGAGGGAGGCCGCCGCGAUGAACGACGCGACGGCCGGCUCCGACGACCACGACGACGCGCGCGCCGCCGAGGAGUCGGGAGGGGAGGAGGCGCCCGUGCCAGGUCGUGCGGUGGAGGAGGAGGAGGAGGAGGAGGAGGAGGCGGUGCCCGUGGCGGAGGAGAGGGCCGCGUGGGGCGGCGGCACUCCCCCGGCGCCCGAGCCGAAGAGCGACGCGGAGGGCGCGGGCUCACUGGAUCGGGAAGAGGAGCUCAAUGCAGGCGCGGGCGGGCGGGGGCGCGCGGCGGCCGACUCCGGGCGCGAGGACGAGGCCGUGGGCGUGGGCGUGAGGGUGGAGACGAACGGGGAGGAUGCCAUGAGCCACGACGGCGACGAGGGGGACGGCGAUGACGAAGAGGACGGCGAGGACGAGGGGGACGAGGGGGAGGAGGAGGAUGACGAUGACGUCGACGACGACGACGACUCCACCCCCGAUGCGUCACCGAGGGCGGAGGCGAAGGUGGAAGGCGAAAGCUCCACCGGGAUAGUGGGUUGUGCCAACCAGCCCGUAGAGCCUGACCCCUUCCUCGACGGGGACGACUCUGGCACGGAGGAAGAGCAGGCGGCGUUCAUGGUCGAGCUGGAGCGCUUCCACAGGGAGCACGGCCUCGAGUUCAAGCCCCCCAAGUUCUAUGGCAAAGGUCUCAACUGCCUCAAGUUAUGGAGGCAGGUCGCCCACCUGGGAGGUCAUGAGCAGGUAACAAUUUGUAAGCUAUGGCGUCAAGUCGGAGAGACCUUCAGGCCGCCAAAGACCUGCACUACCGUAUCGUGGUCAUUUAGAAUUUUCUAUGAGAAGGCGCUUCUCGAGUACGAAAAAUACAAAGUCCAAACUGGCCAGCUUCAAGUACCAUUGUCUGCUUUACCACAGCCUGGUGGUACUAACCGGGAGAUUGGUAUGAACCAAUCAUCUUCUGCCAGAGUUAGAAGGGAUGCUGCAGCGCGUGCUAUGCAUGGCUGGCAUGCUCACCGUCUCCUUACCAAUAGCAUAUAUGGAGAUCAAAAUUUGAAGGAAAAGGAGUCAAUCCCCUCUUCAAGUCGUGGAGUACUCAAGAGGAAGAAAGCAUCUAGUCCAGAGUGUGCUAUCAAGGUGUCUCGUACAAAAAUAAACAAGUCACAGGAUGAUUCAAUGGUCACUGAUGUUGGAGAACCUGCUGAGUGGGUGAAGAUUAAUGUACGACAGACUAAGGAUUGCUUCGAAAUUUAUGCUCUCGUUCCUGGACUUCUACGUGAAGAGGUGCAUGUUCAGUCAGAUCCUGCUGGGCGUCUUGUUAUAACUGGGGACCCAGAGCAGCCUGAUAAUCCUUGGGGGAUCACUCCAUUCAAGAAGGUGGUCAACCUGCCAUUGAGAAUCGAUCCUCAUCAAACAUCCGCGGUUGUCACGCUUCAUGGCCAACUAUUCGUUCGUGCACCAUUUGGGCAUGCUGAUAUGUAGAUAUGGAUGUUUUUUAGGCUUUAGUCAAAUUUUGUUGCAGAAGCACAAUGCCGAUCUGACAACGGCUUGGUGAUCUGAUAUAGUAUUUGUUUAUAGUAGUAAUUGACAUUAGGCUGGUUUAUUUUGGUCUGAGCUACCGGAGAAUUUUGUUUUGUUAUUGGUUAUUUUAGUCAGAAGCAGAGAAUAGAAAGAUGAAAAUAGGGAAAAUGGAGUCAUUUUUUGGUAACAUUUAUUACUUUAUAAUAAUGUUUAUAAAUGCCUCCCUGGCCUGGGCAAUGCGUCCUUGAAUUUUUUUUUGUGCUCCCAUUUAAUUCCUCGUCCCAAUUGACUGUUGAUCAUAAAUUUCUAUUGUU